AUGCAGCUGUGGUACAUACACCAGCCCACCGGGACAGACGCAACGUCCGGCGCCUGGAUGGCAGCUACUCCCAUCGACAUGACGGCAGUCGUUGUCGACGCGACAGAACAACUCGGUGAGCACUUCGACCAACCAGCAGACCAGCCAAGGCAGCAAUUUGUCGGAAGUGGGCAGACGAGUCCAUGGGAACACGUGGGAAUGUUAGAUUGUGCAUGUGUUUGUGUGUUUUUGCAAUUGUGUGGUCAUUGGUAG